AUGUCUCACAGGAAGUUCGAGGCGCCUCGUCAUGGCUCGCUGGCAUUCUUGCCGCGCAAGCGAGCAGCCCGCCAUAGAGGACGGGUUAAGAGCUUCCCUAAGGAUGAUCCCAAGAAGCCCGUCCAUCUCACCGCUACCAUGGGCUACAAGGCUGGCAUGACCACCAUCGUGCGAGACUUGGACCGACCCGGUGCGAAGCUGCACAAGAAGGAAAUCGUCGAGGCCGUUACCGUCGUUGAGACCCCUCCGAUGAUCGUUGUCGGUGUUGUCGGCUACAUUGAGACUCCCCGCGGCCUGCGAUCCCUCACCACCGUCUGGGCCGAGCAUCUCAGCGAGGAGCUCCGCCGCCGAUUCUACAAGAACUGGUACAAGAGCAAGAAGAAGGCGUUCACCAAGUACGCCAAGAAGCACUCCGAGAGCAAGGGCCAAUCCGUCAUCCGCGAGCUCGAGCGCAUCAAGAAGUACUGCACCGUCGUCCGCGUCCUCGCCCACACCCAGAUCGGCAAGACCCCGCUCAAGCAGAAGAAGGCCCAUCUCAUGGAGAUCCAGAUCAACGGCGGCAGCAUCGCCGACAAGGUCGACUUCGGCCACGGACUGUUCGAGAAGCCCGUCGAGGUCGGCUCCAUCUUCGAGAAGGACGAGAUGAUCGACUGCAUCGCCGUCACCAAGGGUGAUGGAUUCAGCGGCGUCACGUCGCGAUGGGGCACCAAGAAGUUGCCACGCAAGACGCACAAGGGUCUCCGAAAGGUCGCGUGUAUCGGUGCGUGGCAUCCGUCCCACGUCCAGUGGACCGUCGCUCGUGCCGGUCAGAAGGGUUACCAUCAUCGUACCUCCGUCAACCACAAGGUCUACCGUGUUGGCAACGGCACAGAUGAUGGCAACGCGUCAACCGACUUCGACGUUUCCAAGAAGCAGAUCACUCCCAUGGGUGGCUUCGUCCGAUACGGUGAGGUCAAGAACGACUUCGUUCUCCUCAAGGGCUCCAUUCCCGGUGUCCGGAAGCGAGUCAUGACUCUCCGCAAGUCGAUGUUCACGCACACCAGCCGACGGGCGCUGGAGAAGGUGGAGUUGAAAUGGAUCGACACAUCGUCUAAGUUCGGACACGGUGCUUACCAAACCCCCGCCGAGAAGCGCAACUACCUCGGGACCCUCAAGAAGGAUCUUGUUGCGUCUUCUUAAGCGAUCCAUUUCCUAUCUGUCAUUCUAGCUGCAUCGGAGGCAUUCAGGCGUUGAGUUUGACGGCACGAAGCUGUCAUUAGAUUCCUAUCGGUAGCAAAAUGAACAAAAAGC